UGUUGUCGUAAUCGAGUCCAUCCACCUUGCUGCUGGUCGUCCUCUUCUCUUUUCUUCAACUUUCCCCAGCAUUAUGGACUUCUCAAGGGAGCUGGCUCUUCGCAUAAUGUGUCCUAAGUAUGAUCGUUUGAGCCUGGUCAUUUGUGCCUCGAGUGAAAAUUCUGGAUCGAUCUGUUCUGUGAUCCAUUUGUUUGUUUUCCUGCCUGCCCGUGGCAUCCUCAAAAGUCUUCUCCAGCACCAAAGUUCGGAAGCAUCAAUGCUUUUUCGAUCUUGCUUCUUCAAAGAGAGACUUGCAGCAGGAGAAUCAAGAGGCUUUGAAAACAAGAGAAUCGGGGCUCCACUUUGCAGCGGGAUCCAAAUAUAAACCGCACCUAAGCUGCUUGCAGGAGAGAGAAUAUCUCUCCCCUCCCCCCAAUCAUCCUUCCCUAAGAGGACUUUCUCUCUUCUUGCUGCUUCCCUCCUCCCGCCCGCUACAUUUUGGACCUAGAAGGACCACCGUAGAGGUAGAAAAAGACAAGAUUCGCACAGCAAGACCUUCCAGUUCACCUUGGAUUGCUGUCCUCAGGGGUUCGUCACUCACAGACGUUCCUUCUUUCCUUUUUUUAACCCUAUCCUGCUGCGUUUCAGAGAGGAAGGGAAUUGUGGGAAGGGGCAGGAUCUUUGGCACAGCAAAUGCCUCUCCCCGUUGUGUUUGGUGCAUUUUCUUGGCGUGGAGCUGGAGGCCGGUCCCUGAAGGAGAGAAAAAAAGUUCCCACAUUCCUGCUUUCACACGGAACUUUGUGAAACUCCGGUCAAAAAAGGAGCCACGCCUCGCCUGUUGGAGGAAAGUGACUCCCGUCUCCUCCUCCAUCCCUGAAGGGUUCUGCAAAGCCAAGAGCCCCCUUGGAGUGAUAUUCAAUGCCGUUUCAAACUGAUUUCCUUGCAGCAGUUCUGAACAGGGCAGGGAGAAGAUCCACCACAUGGAAUGUGGGUCUCUAAAAUUCUCAUCCCUCAGGAGAGAACGAGGAGGUACUUUGGCUCUUCUUGGGAGGCUGCCUUGGAGGCACGAAUGAAAGAUGGGAAAGGAAGACCCAGCUAGCUGCAAAGCAGGAGAAGUCCUUGAGGCCAGACAAGUGGGGAGCAGCAGGGAAUUCUGGCAAAGGACCAAGAAGGAGAUGCUGGUUGAGGACAUAAGUAGCUCAGAGGCCCAGCACCUGUGCUUCAGGCAGUUCUGCUACCACCAGGCUGAGGGCCCCCGAGAGGUUUUCAGCCGACUCCACAGCCUUUGCCAUCAGUGGCUGAAGCCGGAAAGCCACACGAAAGCUCAGAUUGUGGACCUGGUGACUCUGGAGCAGUUCCUGAGCAUCCUGCCCCCAGAGCUGGAGAGCUGGAUCAGAGAGUGUGGAGCAGAGACCAGUUCCCAGGCAGUGGCCCUGGCAGAAGGUUUCCUCCUGAGCCAGGCAGAGGACAAGAGGCAGGAAGAGCAGCAGGUGCAAGGACUGUUGUCGGAAGCAGCCCCUGACUUCCCUGAGGCCGAGAAGGCUCCAUCAGGCACCAGGCAGAGGCCUCUGGCCAAGGAGAUCCCUAGGAAGGAGGGCAGCAGUGGGGCCUCCUUGCUGGGUGCUGGAAUGACGCUGCCAGGGCCUUCUCAGCCAUCGCUUCUUCCUGGUGGGAUGGAAGAUGCUUCAGGACCACAGAAGCAGGGCCAGGUGAGCUUUGAGGAGGUGGCUGUGCAUUUCACGGAAGAGGAGUGGGCUCUGCUGGAUCUGGACCAGAGAACCCUGCACAGGAAAGUCAUGCAGGAGAAUAGGAGGAAUGUGGCCUCUCUGUGUAAAGCUCCUUCUUUUUCAAUCAAUUGGUGGAGACUUUUCUGCUCCUUGUUUUUCUGAGGAGCUUAGGGCAAUGACACAACUCAGACAACAGCUGGAAGGAUGCUGGAGGAAGACUUGUGAUGAAUCUGACCGAACAUGGACUAGAACCCAUUUUCGGGACUACUCUGUGGUGAUGGAGGCAUUGAAGAAAUGUUUUUCUCCAUGUUGCUCGCAUCUGUGCCGAUUUGGAAACCAGGGUUGAGCAGUUCAUGCUCAACCCUGCACUGCCAUUCCUUAAUUACUUGUACGCCUUGAAUUCUUUGAGUAAAAAAUUUAAGCU